GCGCUUGUUGAACGACAUAUUGCACGUAAUAUUCGUUCAAUUUGCUGGAACGGUUUGUUGUUGUUUUUUCUCUUGCUAAAAUAGUGUGAAAAUUGAGUGUUACCUUUGCAUAGAAAGAUUUUUGUUUGUUAUUCUACGUGAAGUAGAAGUAUUGUGUAGGGCGAAGAUGAUGAGAAGGGUGACUAUGAAGGAAGAAUAAGAAGCCAGCUUCCAGGUCUUGUCUUGGGUCCGGCGCUGGCUCGGAAAGUGGAUUACGCAGUUAUCAGGUCCUGUCCUAAGCUCUUUUCAUUGUUGUCAAAUCACAAUGAGCAAAAAAUUAGAACUGUACACGUCGAAUUCAGCCUAUUGAGUUAUGAACUACGAAUAAAAAACUACAACCAAAACAUCAAACCGAUUCAGAGCGAAAAGCGAACGUUUGCUGUAAAUUGACGAAAAUCAAUCAUCACACGAAGUAAAAUGGAAUUUUGCCCUGCACGAAAGGGGAUACCAAAGCAGGAAGAACCAGAAAACAGUUCUGUAGCCUCUUUUCCGUCGUCCGCACCAACAAUCGAUUCCCCAAUAAAACUCGGAUAUGAGAUUGGUGAUGAGGAAUUCACACAGGAAGGUGAUCUUAAACUAGAAUAUCAGAUUAGUGAUGAGGAAUCCACACAGAAAAGUGACCAUGAAGACGUCCUAGUAGCGAGAGAGGAACAGAUGUAUAGUUGCGAAAUUUGUGGGGAACAAUUUUCAUUGAAAGAAACCAUAAAAAAGCAUAUGAUCGUUCAUACUGAAAACCAACAAUUUAUGUGUUAUGUGUGUGGUAAAAAAUACCAUUGUUAUACGCGAUUAAAGGACCACACAAAUACUCACACUGGUGAGCGUCCGUACAAUUGCACUGCAUGCGAAAAAAAAUUCUCGUCCAAAAGGUACCUUGUUCAACACAUGCAAAUUAUUCACACAAGCCAUCGUUCGCAUAAAUGCAUUGUAUGCGGAAAAGAAUUUUCCAUAAAGGGUUACUUAACUAGACACAUGUCUAUUCACCAAAGUGAGUACAAAUAUAAAUGCGAGGUGUGUGGCAAAGUCUUUAAUAAUGGUUCUAACCUCACGAAACACCAACGCAUUCAUACAAACGAGAGCCUUGAAUGCACCAUAAGCGAGAAAGAUUAUUCCACUAAGCGUAAUCUCAGCGUACACAUGAAAAUUCACGUGGAUGAUUACGCGCAUAAGUGUGAUGUAUGCGGCAAAGGGUUCAUCACCAAAUCAAUUUUGAAAGACCACGAAAAUAUUCAUACCGGUGAACGGCCUUACAAAUGCACUGUAUGCGGAAAGGACUUUCAUGGUAAAAUUAGGCUUUCUGUACACAUGAAAAUUCACAAAAGCGAGCAACCGUACAAAUGCACCGUAUGUGGGAAAGAUUUUACCAUGAAGGCAUACCUAUCCAGACACAUGCUUCUUCACACGGAUCAUAAGCAUAAGUGUGUCGUUUGUGGCAAAGGAUUUGUAACCAGAGCACUCUUGAAAGAUCAUAAACGCCUUCAUACAGGAGAACGACCGUACAAAUGUAACGUAUGUGGAAAAGAAUUUGCCGUUAAACGUUACCUAACUAAACACAUGUCCAAUCACCAAAGUUUGCAAAGUAAGUACAAAUAUAAGUGCGAAGUGUGUGGCAAAGGUUUCCAUGAUGGUAGAAGCUUCACGAGACACUUACGCAUUCAUACAAACGAUGGCCUUAAAUGCACCAUUUGCGAGAAACAUUAUACCACUAAGUAUGAACUCAGCAUUCACAUGAAAAUUCACGUGGAUGGUUACAAACAUAAGUGUGACGUGUGUGGCAAAGGAUUCCGGGAUAAUCCACGUUUAAAGGACCACGCAAAUAUUCACACAGGUGAGCGUCCGUACAGUUGCACUGUAUGCGAAAAAAGAUUUUCGUCUAAAAUGAUGCUUGGUCAACACAUGCAUAUUCACACAGGCCAGAGUUUGCACAAAUGCACCAUAUGCGAGAAAGAUUUUUCCACUAAGUAUUAUCUCAGCACACACAUGAAAAUUCACGUGGGUGAUUACGAGCAUAAGUGUGAAGUGUGCGGCAAAGGAUUCACCUCCAAAUCACGUUUGAAAAAUCACGAAAAUAUUCACACUGGUGAACGGCCUUACAAAUGUGCUGUAUGCGGAAAAGACUUUCAUGGUAAAAUCAAGCUUUCUGUACACAUGAAAAUUCACACAAGCAAGCAACCAUUCAAAUGCACCGUAUGUGGAAAAGAAUUUGCCAUUAAGAGUUACCUAACUAAACACAUGUCUAAUCACCAUAGUGUGCAAAGUGAGUACAAACAUAACUGUGAUAUAUGCGGCAAAGGAUUCGUGACCAGAUUACUCUUGAAAGAACACAAAAACAGUCAUACAGGAGAGCGACCUUACAAAUGCACCGACUGCGGAAAAGAUUUCAACGACAAAAGAAAAUUUAUUCGACACAUGAAUCGUCACACAAGCGAACGACCUCACAAAUGCCCGUUUUGCGAGAAAGCUUUUACCAUGAAGAUAUACCUAUCCAGGCACAUGCGUGUGCAUACUGAAGAUUACGAACAUAAGUGUGAUGUGUGCGGCAAAGGAUUCAUCUGCAAAUCAGUUUUGAAAGAUCACAAAAAUAGUCACUCAGGUGAACGGCCUUACAAAUGCACUGUAUGCGGAAAAGACUUUUAUCAAAAAACAACACUUUCUUUACACAUGAAAAUUCACACAAUCGAGCGACCGCUCAAAUGUACCUUAUGUGGAAAAGAGUUUUCUCUCAAGCGUUACCUAUAUAAGCACAUGUCUAUUCACCAAAGUGUGUACAAAUAUAAGUGCGAAGUGUGUGGCAAAGGCUUUCAUGAUGGUGCUAACCUUGCAAAACACGAACGCCGUCAUACCUAAAUGUGCACAUGCUUAGCCAUACGGCAUUAGUCUGAUGUAUGUAGCCAAGGAUUCAAAGCCAGCUAACUUUUCAAAGACCACGACCACAAUGUAAUCUGCAUUACAAACGCAUCGUAUUCGGAACCGUAGCCUAUGAAUAAUCUACAAGGCAAACUGUCACAUAGAUACAAAUUUCAAAACGAAACAUGGUCUGACUGGACACAUGCGCCGUCAUGCGACCUAAAGCUGCAUUUUCGCAGGCAACUUACAACUUCCGCGGCCAUUCGAAAAUGCUGUGGUGAACUUACUCGAAAAGUCAUACCACUUAUCGCGGAACGAUAGUAGUAAUAAAUUUACCUUGUAAACAUUUCCCAUUUAAAUGGGAUGUCUCUGUAAUAAUCUGUAAUAACAUAAUUGAGAAAUAAAUUGGACAUUAAUAGUUUCUGAUAGA